UACAGUACCGCCGUCCUGCGGUGCCAUGGUAACAGUUUAGAACGUGAUGACGUCUCUUCGGAAAGACUAUUAUGGGCUAUCAAGGAUUAUUCAGGCAGAGGGCUGAGGGGAAAAAAAUAGCUGCGAGGUAGAAGUAAAUAUGGAGCUCUCAGCCGUCGGGGAGCGGGUCUUCGCCGCCGAAUCCAUCAUUAAACGGCGCAUAAGGAGAGGACGGAUGGAGUAUCUGGUCAAAUGGAAAGGCUGGUCUCAAAAAUACAGCACCUGGGAACCAGAGGAGAAUAUUCUGGAUGAGCGUCUUUUCGCUGCUUUUGAAGAAAGAGAGCGUGAGAGGGAGAUGUAUGGGCCAAAAAAGAGAGGACCUAAACCAGAAACUUUUUUAAUGAAGGCAAAAGCUAAAGCAAAAGGCAAAAACUGUGAGUUCAGACGGGAAAUGUCUCAAGAUUUACAUGUGUCAUUCCCGGUAGCCGAACCGGUUGUGACACCCAGAGCACGUGAGGGACUGCGGGCAGUCGUGCCUACGAUUUUUCCACCGAGCACCAUCAACAGAGGAGAAAGUGUUCGUGUGCGUCCACCGGUCUCUGAGAGAGACCCACUGAUGCAUGGGAUGCUGGUACAACGCCCGCUGGAUUUUGCCAGCUCACCAAAAAAGCGAGGACCAAAGCCAAAGUUGCGUCCAGGAGGUUCAUCCACUGAAGGUGUUAAAAGAAAGGCAGAUGAACCAUUAUCUUAUCGACCUUCCAAAACUGAGAGAUCAGGAGAGACCUCGAACUGUGAUGUCAUCCAUUUAACCCAGAAGUUUCAAGCAGAAUCCAGCCACGUUAAAAAGCAAAUGGGAAGCAGGUCAAGUGAUGUAAAAUUCACACAUGGUGGCAACAUCUUAAAAGCUGGGCUUGGUGUUUUGGAACAUCGACGGAAGGACAGCCCAAGUGGUGCCAUAAAGCAUUCCAAAAUGAAACAUCCUCCCAAAAGCAAUCUAUUUCGAUCCACCGAUCAAACCAGAGAGCAGUUGUCUCUGAGUUUUGUAGACGAAACCGAUCAGUCCUGGUUGCCUUGUUUGAAGAAUAUGGAGAAAAUUGUUGUUACUGAUGUAACAAGUAACUCUUUGACUGUAACCAUAAAAGAGAGUUCAACGGACAAAGGUUUCUUCAAAGAAAACAGAUGAUGUGAUUUUAGUUUCUGUAUGUGCGUGUAUGAAAUAUUGUAAUCAAAUUAGAAACAAUCUACAUUUCUAUAUCAUUUCUAGUCUAUAAAUGUAAAGUCUUGCAAUCAUGUUCAUAAUGCAAAAAAAAAAAAUUAUAUAUGUUUAGCCUACAUUUCCAUUCGCAUUUUCUAUGAAAAUGAAGUUUAUUUUUCUAUUUCCCAGAUUUUAUGUAACGUAUACCAGUUGGUUCCUCCUUUUGGUUGCCUUUUUCAGCUUUAUUAUGAAUGUAGGUAUAGGUGCUGUUAACACAUAUUAACGUUUCAGCUUAAUGCACCUUUUUAAAGGACAUUGUUUAGUCCCUCUUUUAUGAACUUAUGGUAUUUUGUUGGUUAUAUUUUGUAUAUAUUUGAAGGUUCCAAACAGUAGUCUCUAUUAAAGCACACCCUUUAUAAAGAGUGAAGGGAAAUAUGCUGCAUAUGUAAUUAAACCCGUUAGGCUCUUUUUAGGCCUAAAUAUUUAAGGCACAAUCAUUUAGGGUUUAGAAUCGUAUUUCGUUACUUUUCGUUUUUCUGUUGAACAUAUAAUUGAUGUGGAUGUUAACAUUUCAAUAUAAAGCUGCUUUACGAUCCUUUUACCCUUCAAAAACGUAAGAAAGUGUUUGAUUGGUACAAAUCAUUUCUAAACUUGCGGAAUACUUUAGUGAGCUCGCAGCCUGUUUAAGUGAUGAAAUUAAACAUUUUAAUGAAAUUAAACGAUGUUAACCUGUUUCAUUAACGGUGUAGAGUAUACAAGAGGUCAGUAUUUUUGCAGAGAAAACAAAGUAUCAAAUCGAAAAUAAAAGUGUAAUUUAUCUAUGUCUGUAGAAUUGAUUCAAAACGUAUUGCUCACGCAUAAUAAUUAAAAAUGAAUCAUCUUCAUACUUGUACAUCGUUUCUAUCUGGCCUUAUAUUUUUAAUCAUUUA